AUGUUUGCCGUUGACCGUGAAAACAAACUAAACGAGGUGCACUGGCAGCCCGAAGAUGGUGGCCUCUAUUUCAUCGAGACGGCAGAUUCUGUUGCCAACCAGGGGACCCAGCAACUUCAUCAUGGAGCGAUUAAGGAGGAGGAGCUAGAUCAGUAUCUGACCAAGAAGCCAGACUCGGUACAGCCAUUGAAGCAACGUUUACGGAUCUUAUGUAUCUCCAAGCCCAAGCGACACCAAAGCGCCCAGCUUGCCAUCAGCAGAGAUACGUAUUGUAAGAUCGAGAAGGGAUUCCGACUCUCACACGCUACGAUCGGAUCACUGUUUAACUCGUCAGGGGUCUUUUCCCGCUUCACCGAAUAUGAUCCAAUUACGAAGAAGCCGAAGUGUAUUCGCUUAGUCGUCAAGUCGAAACAGAAAGUCUCUGUCGGCAACUGGGAGGUCUCCCUGACUCACGAUGUCGAGACCAGCUGCACGGAUGCUCUCAUCUGUGGUGAAGGCAUCUUCAUACCCGAUCACGCAGAUCAGCCACAGCAGACACAGGUCCAGAAGUUCAUCGAGCAUCUUACCGCUGUGCCAGAACUAUGGCAUCACCCGCUGACCAUCCCGGUCCUCCUGAUCCGCCUUUUCUGCGAGCGCAUCUCGAUUAAUCGCAUCAAGGUCGCCGACAAGCUCGUCGACCUGGAGAACGAGAUAGGUGUGACGGCCGCCGGGCGGUCGAAAGCUAAACGUCCUCUCGAUAACUGGCCACACGAUCUCAACAUCAAGCAGAUCACCAUCAAUCUCAACUCGACUGGUGCCUCGAUCCUCUACCUCAGCCAGACGUGCAUCUGGACACAGGACUGCAUCACUUUCCUGAGCAACCUCUGCACUGAGUUUGCAACCCAAUCCGCUUCCAGCUUCACUUUCAACGACAGUGGCUUCCCCGUCCCUACGGAAAACAACGAAUGGAUCGCCUCAAUGCACCUUCGUGAUGUCCUCGCCUACGAAGCCAGCGCUCUCGACGGUGUCAGCCUUACCAUGCGCACCAAGAAGGAACGCAUCCAAGCACAACUCAAUGUCCUAUACUCAGCGGCCUCCCAGAAGGAGAACGCCAUUGCUUUGCAAUACAGCCGUAUGGCACAAGAGCAGAACGAGAUCGCACAGAAGGACGUGCAGUUGAAUACAAGGAUAGCGACCUCGACUAAGAGUGACAGUAUAGCGAUGACGACAUUUACCUUCAUCACGGCUGUCUUUCUUCCUCCAACGUAUGUCGCGGGAUUGUUUAGUAUGAACAUGUUCGACUGGAUGACGAGCGGCCUUGAUGACACAGGAAGACUGUCGAGGCUGUUUUGGGUAUAUUGGGUUGUGACGCUGCCGUUGACGGCGGUGGUGCUGGUAGGAUGGUGGGCUUGGUAUAAGAGGGCGGACAAGCAGUGGCAAAAGGACACAGGCUAUCGAUUGAACGGUAGUGCCAUGCUUGAAGCGUCACGCAGUAAUAGCGACGAGACUACGCAGCACAUAGUUGAGGUGAAGAACGUCUAG